AUGGACAGCCCAGGUCAAUGUACAGGCUCACCAACGUUCAACCUCGCAGUCACCAACUCGGCGUUUUCAGAAUGGCCGGAAAACCUGCCGGGGCUCGUCUGCAAGACGCCUCCCAUGGGCUACUACCACGCCGCUCGCUUCGCAGAGUGCUGCUCGGGCACCGUCCACAACAUCACGACGCCCACGUCCCCCGACGACCCAGCCUACCCGGUCACAUGUGCGCUGCUCUGUCAGGUGGACCCGAAACUGGAUGAGCACAACGACAGAUAUCCAUACGGGUUCAGUGAGCACUUUAUGUGCCUUGCCGACGGCCGCGUCGGCUUGCCAGAGGAAGAGAGCAACCCCAGAGGCGCGCCAGGCGGCGAGGUCGUAUGCGCGACGUUGACGGUGACCGGUGUCGAGGCGCCCACGAGCUAUCCCAACAGCUGGACGGGGGACUGGCAGACGAGAAGCUACUACAGGCUGGGACCGGGUAACUUAUCGUGGUCGUGGCGCUACCAGUACACCUACAAUCAGAACAGAGGGCACAUAUACCAGGCAGUCACAAAGUACACCCUCGACGGCAAUGGUCCUCAGUUCACCGACUGGGGGCAGUGUCGAAGAGUCUCCAGCAAUGACGGAAACGCCUGGCGAGACCCAAUCGGAGACGACAGGCGAUGA